AUGUCCCGAGUCCGCGCCAUUUUUGCAAUCGUUCUUGCACUUGUCAUUGUGGGUGUCACCAAUCCAGUUCCACAAACAACCACAUGGAACUUGCGAGAUAGUCAGCUCUACUCCCUACGUGCAAAUAGCCCAGGUAAACCGUGGAACGGACGUUAUCUCGUGAACCUGCCAUCCACAAAGCGCCCAGGGCUCGAAAACUUCACUGUGCACUCAGAGACUCCGCCACUCAAGUUCCUUCCUAUACGUCUUCGGGACAACGAUAACAAGUACGCGCUGCGUGGAGGCGGGUGGGGCAAUUAUCUCUCCAGGGCGCCCCUUGCAGCACUCACCAAUAACGCAACUCGCACAGUGACGCUGAAGAUUGUGUACCUUCCUACUCCAUUGCGCGAAUCUUUCGAGACACAGACCGACGCUUGUCCCGGAGGGUAUGACUGUACUGCAGAUCAAUGGACGCUUGGUGGACUUGAUUACGAUGUUUACCGAGAUUUCAGAUUUGGGGGCUUUAGAGGCAGAUGGGAGCCUUUCAAGGACGUUGACAAAGAGGGCUGGCAUGUGCAUGGGAAGGGCAACACCGGUAUCCAACACCCUCUACAAUUCGACCUAGUUCCUGUCAUUAAGGUCGUCGCUCGUAUUGACUGA